CCGAUGACCGACCCAGAACAUCGGGCAUAACCAUGUGGUUCCAGGCGACGCUGCUUCUGCUCGCCUCGUGCGUUCCUUCGUCGCUGGCCAUCUACCGGGACGAGGUCAACCACAUCGACUACCAUCACGCCCUGCUCGGCCUCCCCGCUUCCCAAUCCACCUUCUUCCUCAAACCUUCCGCUUCCUCCAACGCCUCCUUACUCUACACCCUCUCCGAAAAGUCGCUUCUCGGUGCCGUGAACCCCAAAGAUGGCUCGCUUGUCUGGAGACAGAAUCUCUCGCGAUCUGCCCUGCCCGCGGGCCACAACGGUGCAAACGGUCUGCUCCGGGCCUCCGAGGGCACAAAUGCUUUGGUGAGCGCGCUGGGCGACUAUGUGUCAUCGUGGAGUGCGUUGGAUGGCAAAUUGAUCUGGGAAAACUGGUAUGAUGGUGAAGCCGUGGCGGAUCUCGAGCUCCUAGAGCUGGAAGAUGUCAGUGCGGCUCCGUCGACCAAAGACACAGUGGCGCUUUUCGGCGGGAAGGCUGGCGUUGUCAGAAGACUGGAUGGUGAUUCGGGUAAGACGAAAUGGGAGUACUUGGAUGAAAGUGGUGACAUCCCCUUCCAGUUGUCGUCCUCGGCCACCGAGGUCUUCUACGUUUCCCUGCAACCAUCCGCGCGGAAAGGAUACAGAAUUAAGGUUGUUUCGUUGGAUCCCCUGACCGGCCGGCAGACCAAGGAACAAAUCCUGAGCUCGGAAAACGACGUGUCCAGCGCCGACUCUGUUCUCUUCGUGGGCGCAAACACCGCCUCCCCGUUGAUUGUCUGGGCGGACCCAUCACACAAGACGCUCAAGGUCAACGUCAUUGGAACGAAACAGGUACACGCGUUCGAUGUCGAUAACACAAGUGGCGAGAGCAUCAGCUCGAUCACCAUCCAUGCUCCCAAGAAACUCGAAUCGUUGCCACAUUUCCUCGUGCAUUACGAGACGGAGUCCACCACCUGGGCUGAGGUUUACCAUGUCGACCUAAAAUCCGCCCGAGUAUCCAAGGCCUACGAACUUCCUCGCUUGCAGGGAUGGUCUGUUAUCUCGACAAGCAGCAAGGAUGCCAAUGUCUACUUCACCCGUAUCACCCAGUCCGAGACUACCGUCGUCUCCUCGGCCUCCCAUGGCGUUCUGGGCAGAUGGCCCCACCAGGCACCCCCAAUGGAACAGGCUCUGCACUCCGUGUCGGAAGUUGUUGCCAAGGGUGAUACUGUUGCUGUCCGAUCGGCCGCUGCUUUGGCAUCCGGUGAUUGGGAAUUGAUUCGCAAUGGCCAGAUGGAGUGGACCAGAUAUGAAGCGCUGGCGGGUGCCCUGGCCGCUGCUUGGGUUGAGGAAGAUGUCCAAGAGGAUCUGGCACACCAACUGCAAGUCGAAGGUCAUGAGAGUCUCUACGGGGCCUACAUGCACCGCGUCAAGCGCCACGCCAGAGACCUCCAGCAUCUUUCCGAGUGGCUGAAGGGGCUCCCCAAGCGUAUUCUCACCAGUAUCUUGACUGAUGAGGUGUCCAACCUUGAUAGCUUCGGAAUCGUCAGACCCGUUGUUGUGGCCACGGAGAACGGAAGAGUCUACGCCCUUGAUGCUGGCAAGCAUGGCGCCGUGUCCUGGAAGGUUAAGGCCGCGGAAACGAAGUCAUGGAAUGUGAAAGCAAUCCUGACUCACCCUGGCUCUGCUACAAUCUAUGCCGAUGACGGCAGCUCAGUCACUCUGGAUGUCACGUCCGGUGAGAUUCUGGAGCGCACCCCAGGUACCACGAAGAUCCGCUCUAUUGCUGUCGCCCACGACGGCACCGCUUCUGUGACCGUCGGUAUCAAGGACGACGGUGCGCCCCUGGAGUCUGUCGAUGGCCAGGGAUUUUUCGUGACCCUCAGUGAUGAUGGCCGUGUUCUCGGAUGGGCCGCUAGAGACAACCAGCACCCGGCCUGGCAGUUUCUGCCUUCCCAGGGUCAGAAGAUCAUCCAUGCCACCGCACGACCCUCCCAUGACCCCGUUGCUUCGAUUGGCAAAGUCCUGGGCAACCGAUCGGUCCUCUACAAGUACCUGAGCCCCAACCUCGCCCUGAUCACUGCCGUGGGCGAGAGCUCAGCCACCUUCUACCUCCUCGAUGCCAUCUCCGGGAAGAUCCUCCAUACCAGUACCCACCAAGGGGUCGACCCCACCCAGCCCAUUGCCUCCGUCAUCUCCGAGAACUGGUUCGCCUACUCCUUCUGGGCCGAUGCUGUCGACUCAUCCUCCGCCAAGGGCUACCAGCUGGUAAUCUCCGAGCUAUACGAGUCCCCCAUCCCCAAUGACCGCGGCCCUCUGGACUCCGCAUCCAACUACUCCAGCAUCACCGACCUUCCUCUUCCCCACGUGAUCUCGCAAGCUUUCAUGAUCCCAGAACCCAUCUCCCACAUGGCCGUCACCCAAACGCGCCAGGGCAUCACGGUUCGCCAACUCCUCUGCACCCUCCCAUCUUCCAACUCUAUCAUCGGCAUCCCCCGCCCCGUCCUUGACCCGCGCCGUCCCAUUGACCGGGACCCGACCGCGACUGAAGCCGAGGAGGGCCUCUUCAAGUACAACCCCUUCCUCGAGUUCGAGGGCAAAUGGUACCACUCACAUUCACGGGACGUCGCCGGAAUCAAAUCCGUCCUUUCCACCCCAACCCUCUUGGAAAGUACCAGCUUGAUCUUCGCCUUUGGCGGAGACAUCUUCUCCACGAGAGCGACUCCCAGCCAGGCCUUUGAUGUCCUAGGCAAGGGAUUUUCCAAGCUCCAGUUGGUCAUGACGAUUGUGGCCUUGACAGCGGGUGUUAUCGUUUUGGCUCCGAUGGUAUGUCCCCUUCCUUUCCUCUAUCCCCAUCAUUCAGGCAUACCCUAACCGGGUAGCAUCCUAUCGAAUCACAAACAACUAACCAAUUCUCCUCCCCACAGGUCCGGAGAAAACAAAUCAACAUGAUCUGGAAAGCAUCUUCAUGAGUUAAGUGGUGUGUAUUAUACUGAAUCAAUAGUUGGGAUAGUAGAAGAGCAUAAACCUAGC